AGCCAGCAACCCGUUGGAUCAGGUUAUCCUUCUGUUCCUACCACGUAUCAUUCCUCAACGACCCCUCCGGUUCCUGCUCUCUUCAACUUUGCGCAAUGCAGCCUUCGCAGGAGAACCAAAGCAACCAGCCUGAUCGGCCAGGUACUCCGCCGCGCCCGCCUUACUCGCCCGUGACUCCUGUCUUUGCCCAUCUUGUGCCUGUCACGAACGCCGCCGCGGGGAACGGCGCUCCUCACCCUAUUGUGCCUCCUGCUGCGUCGCCUUCGCCAACAACAAGAGUACCCCCUUAUGGUUCAUCAGCGGACUUUACCCCGCCGGCUGCAGCCCCCGUGUUCGCGCCCGAGCCGGCCGCCGUCCCGAUCUCGGAGAGCGAGAACCCAGAUGCCAUUGCUCUGCGAUCCGCGAUCUCUAUUCUUCAGCUCCAGAAGCAGCAAAGCGUGCGGGAUAUUCAGACUCUAGAAAAGUUCAAGAAGGCCGCAUCAGAGGAUCCAGAAGGGUUCGCCCGCGAACUGGCAGCGGGAAAUCUGUCGGCGAAGGAUACAGGGGCUUUCAUCAACUUCACUCAUGACAAAGACUCGGAGGACGAGGAUGUAGAGAGUCCGAAGAGAGGCGUUUAUGCUGGGCUAGGGACCCUGCCCACGCCGCAGAAUGUUGUCCGCAUGCCUCCCAUCAACUGGAACAAGUACCAGAUCGUGGGCGAACCGUUGGAUAAGAUGCACGAGGAGCAGCGGAGGCGGCCAUCUUCUGGCGAACCCAGACGCGACGAUAGUGCUCAAAGAGCACCGGAGCAUGUAUUAGCUUCGCCGUAUCGACCUCUAGUAGACAAGCUAGAGAGUCCGGGAAAGGCCAAGGGCACCAACAGAAACAAGAAGACUUGAUAAUCAGUGAUUAUUGGAAAAGCUAGUUACAAGAACCGUCCAGUGAACCGUCAAGCUUUGGUACAUGAGUGGACAUUCAUCUUACGAUGUAAUU